AUGCUGUUUUUAUAUUCCAGAGCUCGCUUAUUCCUCAUAUCCACCAGAGCUGGUUCUUUGGGGAUAAAUUUAAUUGGUGCUAACCGAGUGAUCCUUUUUGAUGCCUCUUGGAACCCCUCUCAUGACGUCCAGUCUAUAUUCAGAGUGUACAGGUUUGGCCAGACCAAGCCAUGUUAUGUGUACAGAUUCUUAGCUCAGGGCACAAUGGAAGAAAAGAUCUACGAGCGUCAAGUGACAAAACUGUCAUUGUCCCAGCGUGUUGUGGACGAGCAUCAGAUUGACCGCCAUUUCACAGCACAGGAUCUUCAGGAGUUGUACAAUUUUAAGCCUGAUCUUCUGGAUGACCCUGACAGGGUUGAGAGACCCACUCCAGCUUUACCUAAGGAUCGAGUCCUGGCUGAGUUACUGACAAGUCACAAAGAUUGGAUCGUCCAGAUUCUGGAGCAUGACUCUCUCCUUGAAAACAAGAUAGAUCAGACACUUACAGAGGAGGAGCGCAAAGCAGCCUGGGAAGAGUACGAAAAUGAGAAGAAAGGAAUACGGAGAGAGAUGUCUUCGUUUUAUGGCCCAGGUGCUUCUGGUAGUGUGGGUCCCAUCCAGUACAGUCCUGCAGUAUUGGCCUUGUAUCAGAGCCUGUGUAUCCAGAUGCCAAGUCUAGCUGUCAUGGUGAAACCCAUCAUAGAGAGUAACCCUCGGAUCACAGCGGCAGAGCUGCAGAUCAAGAUACAAGGCCUGCUUAGGUACCAACAAGUUACACAGCAAAUGCAGAAGGAGACCCUGGAAAAGCAGCAGCAGCAGGCGUACCAACAAUACCAGCAGCUUCAGAGGCAGCGACAGCUGCAGGAGAACGUCGUUCAGAUGGCGCGCCAACGCCAGGCCUUGUAUGAAAAAUUUGCAAGUUCUGGAGGAUCGCGACCAUGAGGAGAUAAAAUAUAGAGAGUGACACUGCAGUGACUGAUUUACAUCCUACGUAAGGUUGGAAACGUGUCCAGAGUCUAUCACUUAAAUGUUGGGACCCGUGACAACGUUCACAAAGUUACCUGUGACGGCGAAAAAAAUGUCUGGGGGGCUUGCAAUGGAUUUCUCGUUGUUCACACAUUUUGUAGCCUCUGCACUCUAUUUUUUGUAACUUUUCGAAUAAUUCUGUGAACAGAUGCACCCUGUCGAAUAGUCGCUCACUGCUUUUUGUUGCGUUCAUAUCCUGAACUUUACGGUAUAUUAUGUACUCAGAAGCACCAGAAAUGUCUAACUAGGCUCUUUUUAGUCUCUGGUGGGCUUUAUACAGUUUAUUUUACUCACUGAUCUUCAAUGUUUUGUUGUCAGUCAUAUAAGUUUCUUUUAUGAAAACACUACAUGUUUUUAUUUGUAAGAGGUAGUCGUUUGCACACAGGCUGAAGCAGUGUAAACAAGGAUAAGUAAAACUGCCACUUACUGCCAGAAGUUGAGCCAAUACGGCCAAAGCGUUGUUAAUUCUCGACACGCAGACGUGAGAAGUACAGGAAAAAUCCGUUCAUCCUCAGAUUUUUAUGAAAUUUAUUGUUCCCUACUAUAAUAAAUACCAAUUUUGGAAUGGAAAUCCCAGUACAUCGCCAAUUCGGUAUCAGGGUAUGUAUGCACACUAUCUGUUGUGCAAGAAAUAUGCGUUGUCAGCCAAUAUGCAGAAUUCAACUUCUCAACAUUGGUAUUUUUAAAGGAAGUAAAACGAAUAUAAGAAAGGAACAUCUUUAAAGUAUAGGGGGCAUAGUUAUAUAUCAAAGUGAGUAGAAUUUUAUUUGUUACUAUUAAAUGUUCCUCAUUCUGUACUCGGAAACUGUUUAAGUUAAACUAAAACGGCGAAGUGGUGCGAGAGAAAUAUGGAAAAUGCUAUUGGAUGUAGGCCUUUGAAGGCGUUUAAAAAAGGGUGGAAGUUUGCGUUAGAGGAAAUAUUUCGAAAUGCUCAAAAUUUACGCAAGUCAAAAUUAGCCUUUAAGAAAUGAUGUAUUAGAGUUUAAGAUGUCUUGCCGUCGUAUCUGCCGACUUGGUGACAUACUUGUCAUGCUUUAUACAUUUUACAUGUGUAUUUAUACCUGUAUUGGACGUAUAUAAAAAAUAUAAAUCCAGUAAAUAUUUG